AUGGCAGAAAUAGAAACACUUAUCGAAAUGGGGUUUUCCAAAGAGAGAGCAGAAAAGGCUUUGGCGGUUACGAAUUAUAAAGGUGUAGAGCCUGCUAUGGAAUGGCUCUUGGCACACGCCGAUGAUCCUGCAAUUGAUGCAGGACAUACAAUAGGAUCUUCAUCGAGUGCAGAACCUACUUCGGCUCCAGCCGCAGCACCGGAAUCGUCCUCAUCAACGCAAGAAAAAGCUGAAGAUGAAGCUGCCGAAGUAAAGUCUUUUAAGUGUGAUGAGUGUGGAAAGUUGCUAAAAAAUCAAGAUGAGAUGGAGUACCAUGCGGCCAAAACAGAUCACAAAAGCUUUUCUGAGUCUACAGAAGAGAAAAAACCAUUGACUGAAGAAGAAAAACAAGCUCAAUUGGCAUUACUUGAAGAAAGAAUGAAACAGAAACGAAAAGAACGGGAGGAAAGAGAAAAGGCUGAAGCGUUAGAACGCGAACGUGUACGUAUAAAGUCUGGCAAAGAAAUGCAAGACGCCCGACUGCGGCUACAGGAACAAGAGAUGCAGAAAUUAGUAGAACAGCGGCGCAGAGAAAAGGUAGAAGAUAUGAUGGCAAGGAAUAGGGUGCGGGCACAAAUAGAAGCGGACAAGCAAGCUAGAAAGCUAGCGGCAGGAGGACAGCCACCAGCAGCAGCGGCACCGGCCCCGGCGCCACCACCGAUCACAAAUAACCCCGGGCCCAAGGUCACAUAUGAACAAGCCAGGAUUCAGAUCAGAUUGCCUGAUGGCAAAACCCUGUCACACACAUUUGCAGCUAAAGAGCAGCUUGCUGCUGUCAGAUUGUACCUGCAAAUUAACGCACAGGAGUUUGCGGAAGAGGACGGCUUCAAGCUGAUGACGACAUUUCCAAAGAAGAUAUUUACUACAGAGGAUUACGACAAACCGCUGGAUUUAUUAGGUCUGGUGCCGUCAGCUGUAAUCAUAGUCUCGCGAGGCAAAUAA